AUGGCUUCCUCCUCCUCGAACGUCGUUGGCGUACACUACCGAGUGGGCAAGAAGAUAGGAGAGGGCUCCUUUGGUGUUAUUUUCGAAGGCACCAAUCUUCUCAACAAUCAACAAGUGGCCAUCAAAUUCGAACCCAGAAAAAGCGAUGCUCCUCAAUUGCGAGAUGAAUAUCGUACAUACAAAAUCCUAGUCGGUUGCCCUGGCAUUCCCAAUGUGUAUUAUUUCGGGCAGGAAGGUCUGCACAACAUCCUGGUGAUCGAUCUUUUGGGCCCCAGUCUGGAAGAUCUCUUCGAUCAUUGCAACAGACGAUUCUCCAUCAAGACCGUGGUAAUGGUUGCCAAACAGAUGCUUUCGAGAGUCCAAACGAUCCACGAGAAAAAUCUCAUCUACCGCGACAUCAAACCUGACAAUUUCCUGAUCGGCAGGCCCGGUACGAAAGCGGCUAACGUCAUUCAUGUGGUCGACUUCGGGAUGGCAAAACAAUACCGAGACCCUAAAACUAAGCAGCAUAUCCCCUACCGUGAGCGGAAAUCUUUGUCGGGCACAGCCCGUUAUAUGAGUAUCAAUACACAUUUAGGCCGGGAACAGUCGCGGCGUGAUGAUCUGGAAGCUCUUGGACAUGUUUUCAUGUACUUUCUGAGAGGAGGCCUCCCAUGGCAAGGACUAAAGGCAGCAACCAACAAACAAAAAUACGAGAAGAUAGGAGAGAAGAAGCAAACUACUGCGAUCAAGGAUCUUUGCGAAGGAUUCCCAGAGGAAUUCAACAAAUAUCUUAGCUACGUCCGAAACCUUGGAUUCGAGGAUACCCCCGAUUAUGACUUUUUACGCGACCUUUUCACGCAGGCCCUGAAAAACAGUGGCGAGGUCGAGGAUGGGGAAUAUGACUGGAUGAAACUGAACGGCGGACGCGGCUGGGAGGCGAUGAAAGCCCACCCAUCCGCGGCGCAUCUACACAACGUCAACCCUCCAGCUGAUGCAUCGGCGCGUGCGUUGCAUGGAGCUUCUGCCAUACGCCAAGAUGGUGGGCAACGGCCAUCGCGAGACCGAGGAGCUAUAUCGGCGGAUCGUUUAAACGCAGCGCAGCCCCCGCCCCCGGGUUCCCCAGCGAAACCUGGAGUGGCAGCCAUGGGGAAGAGCGCUCGAGAUCGCACAAGCGGCGCCGCGGGGGGUAACAUUCCUAAGAGGAGUAGUGCUUUAGCGGGACAACUGGAUAUGAAUACCCCUCCCGCCAGUACCCAGGCGCAGUUCCAAAACAGCAACGCAAACCUGGUGGGAUCCCAGCCUCGCACGAGUCCAGCCGCCGGGGCUUUGCAGAGUAGCCAGGGAAGGCCUCCUCAGCAACAAGAUCAACAGCCUGGAUUUUUCCAAAAGAUUGCGAAACUGAUUUGUUGUGGUAUGUCGUGA